ACAUUUAAAUUUUGCGCACCGAUAAAUUAAUGUCAACAAAAAAGAAAUAAUCAGAACGAGUUCAAGAUUUAGUGCAUUUAGCCCUUUAUGAAAGUGUCACUCCACUACGUGUAUGUUUUCUUAUUAAGUAGACUUUACAAUUUGUUGAAAUGCACAGUUGUCAACUUAUACGUUCGCAUAUUGUACGUAAACUAUGGAGAAAGUUGGGCCUAGUAUCGAGUGCAGUAAGUUCAAGGGAAGCCCACAUAACUAAUACGCUGAGGGCAGUUGAGUUAACAAGCGUGCGGUACCCGUACCUAAAACGUGGAAAUUACAGUAAACUAACAGACCAAGACGUUGCACAGUUCGAGAGACUCCUACCAGGAGAACAGAGAGUUCUAACAGAUCCUUCAGACCUGGAAGGCUACAACACUGACUGGCUCAAAAUCUGUAGAGGAAUAAGUCAGCUGGUCUUGAAACCAAAGACAACUGAGGAAGUGUCAGACAUCCUGAAAAUCUGUAAUGAAAAAAAGUUUGCUGUCAAUCCACAGGGAGGCAACACAGGGUUGGUAGGGGGCAGUGUUCCAGUGUUUGAUGAAAUCAUUCUGUCCACGUCUCUCAUGAACAACAUCAUCAGUCUGGAUGCUCUCUCAGGUAUUCUCACAUGCCAGGCAGGCUGUAUCCUAGGCAACCUGAAUGACCACGUGUCCCAGCACAACCUCAUCAUGCCCCUUGACCUUGGGGCCAAGGGGUCAUGUCACAUCGGUGGUAACCUAGCGACCAACGCUGGUGGGAUUCGGUUGCUAAGAUACGGCUCUCUACAUGGGAGUGUCCUAGGCCUGGAAGCAGUUUUAGCAAACGGAGAGAUACUGGACUGUAUGUCAACACUGCGGAAGGACAACACGGGAUAUGAUCUCAAGCAGCUGUUUAUAGGCUCGGAAGGAGCUCUGGGAAUUAUCACCAAGGCAGCCAUUUUGUGCCCUCAGAAAUCCAAUACCGUCAAUUUGGCAUUUUUAGGCCUGGAUAGUUUCAAUGACGUUCUAGACGUUUUUCGAGACAGCAAGAAGCACCUGUCGGAGAUCCUGUCAGCCUUUGAGUUUCUUGACAGCGAGUCUCUCAAGGUUUGCACCUCAAACCUCCAGCUGGCUAGCCCGAUAGCACAACAUCCCUUCUACAUCCUCAUUGAGACCUCCGGGUCCAACGGGACCCACGACGAGGAGAAGUUGACACAGUUUCUGGAGACAUUAAUGACCGUCGGAAAGGUCAAAGACGGAACGGUUGCCGUUGACGACAAACAAAUGCAGCAUAUUUGGGGCCUGCGAGAGCGCGUGGCGGAGGCACUGCUACAUGAUGGGUACUGUUACAAGUAUGACGUGUCACUUCCGCUCCAUGACUUCUACAACCUUGUCCUGGACAUGCGCAGUCGGGUCGGUCACAAAGCAACCCGGGUGGUGGGGUAUGGACAUGUGGGCGAUGGAAAUCUCCAUUUAAAUAUAACUAGUCCAUCUUAUGAUGAGGAAGUGGCCUCAUUGAUUGAGCCGUUUGUGUAUGACUGGAUUGCAGAGCGCAGGGGAAGCAUAAGCGCUGAGCACGGCCUUGGCUUCAAGAAGCGACACUACAUUUACCACUCCAAGUCGAGGUCCGCUGUGGCGGCCAUGAAGGCUAUUAAACAUCUGUUUGACCCGAAUGGAAUCCUUAACCCCUACAAGACAUUGCCCGACGACUGACACUGUGAUAAAAGACUUACAGUAUCCAGGAUAGCAACAGUCUUUGAAGAAAACAAUAAAUCACUAAAUACAAAAAAUGCUGAUUUAUUAAAUGCAUCAAUCGUACUUUCAUUCAGAUAAUAACGACUGAUAUGGUACGUGAUUUUAAAACGAUUUUAAUGUGUCGGCUUAGUUGUGGGUUUUGCAAAAUAUAUCACAUCACGUGAUAUGUCUAGUCUUUUAGUAUGAACCAAUGAGGAUGUCACAGCAUGAAGUGCCUGAUGAAUAUUAAUUGAUUGCACCCUCAAUUCAUACAGGAUAUUAGCUGAUGAUUUAGUAUUAAACUCAUCAAAGACUUCAACUACCUCUUCAAUAAUUUGCCUUUUGACAAAAUAUUGAUAGCACCUUUUACAUCGCAAUACAUGCUAUUAUGUGAUCACUAGAUUCAAACGGCAUUAUAAUCCUCCGCGCCUACACGAAAAUAUCGGAUGUAUUAACAUUUGAAUCGCCAUUACGUGAUAGCUACUACAAGACAUUACCCAAUUAUGUGAUUUGGAUGGCAUAAACUUCCUUACAAAACAUUUUCUGAGGUCUAAAGUGUUAUAGUUUCAUAUGUGUAAACUAAUUUAGACUUCUAUUUAUGCAAUUUGUCGGUUCGCCCGUAACAUACCGAUGUUUUUCGCUUUAUAUUCGGAUAACACAGGGCGGACUGUUGUACUUAGAUCUGUCCCCAGAUUGUAUAUAUGCUAAUUCAAUAAGUAGUUUUGUGUUAAUUUCGUGGCCUUCUUCAUAUGUUGCCACAUGAUUAUGACAUGUGAUUGUGAUAGGUUUGUUUUGUGACCGGGUCCCUUAACUAUCCACCUCAAAGAAGGUUGUAAUAAAUAAUGAACUGUAAA